GAGUUGUAGACGUUGGCGCCACAUUCUACUACUGCAAAAUCAGUCUCUGUUUAACCGUUGGGUGGUGUAGUCGCUUUCGUGUUGAGUUCUUCGUCCACGUGACUAUCGAAACCGAAAGUGCACCCUAGGAGAUUCAAUUAUUCCAACGUGCUUCAACCGGCCUAUUAUGAAUAACGUGUUUAAACAAGUCAAACGCAGUUUUGCUGUCCUCUCAGCGCUUUUUAUAACAGUUGUUACGUCAAAGAUCCGAGGCCACCAAAAUUGUGGUCCGGAGCAUCUUGUGCAUUGUGCUAAACCCCUUUCGGUGUUGACGGAUUCUGGACUAACUUUUGCUACUAAUAAACCUGAACUGGACCGAAUGUGCCCAGAUCUCCGAGACGCCGUCAAAUGCAUUCAUGGUUAUACUCGACACUGCAUGAGCAUGGAAGAACGGGAGCAUUUCAAGACGCUUUUCCAUGGUACUGUUAUGAUGGUGGAGGACCUCUGCAGGAACGAAACCUACCAGACGGAGUACCUCAAGUACGCCCCAUGUAUGAAGAAGGUCGAAAAACAGAACGAGAUGUGUUUGAAGACUUACACCAAAGCUAUGAAAGAUAUCGAGUCGAGGACUGAAGAGCAAGCAACGGAAGAGCCGGAUUUGGUCACUUACCAGAAAAGGAAAAGGGAGACUGCCGAUGAAGGAAUCAGGAGCGUCUGUUGUUCGUUCCAGCGAUACGUGGAGUGUUCAACACACACGAUGAGGCGGGCAUGCGGUGAAGAUGCUGCCGAUUUCAGUAGAGAGUUCCUAGACAAGAUAUCUUCGUCGUUAAUUCGGAUGCAUUGUAAUGAAUACGGGAGGAAGGAGUGCGGGAUAAUAUCGGCAGGAGAAGGGCUCUCUAAAAUUUCUUCGCUGGUUUUAACUUUAUUAGCAUCAGUUGCGUAUUACGUUAGGUAAAUUUGAAGACAAUAAAUCUUAAAAUGUGAUCAGCAUUUACUCUACUUAAAGAUGUGUUAAAUUUGUUUGAAAUUGUGGCGUUUUCAAUCCUUGAAUGCUAAACAUCGAAUAAUGCUAUGAUAGAUGUAGUACAUAUUAAAGACUGAUACAUAUAGAAAUAGAAUGCAUGUUUAGCAUUUGAAGUUUAAACGUAACAAAUUUAUCAGUCAUGCUCAAUCCUUGAGUCAAAUUCUGUAUUUGCCAGUACAAAAUUUGCACAUUUUAGUUUUGUAUACGUAAAUGCACCUAGCUUCAUUAUAAUAUCGGAGAAACCUGUUAUUAUUUCAUUCUUCAUAGAAUAGAAAUCUCAUUAUUUAUAAGACAUCUGUAGGUACCUUCGUAGAGCAUAUCUAGUCUUUCAUAUUGUCAUCAAAAAUUUAAAUCGUCUAAAAACCAAA